AUGAUCACCUACUGCCCAACGUCGGAAGCUGUUGAGCCGCCAGGCAAGAUGGACGAACCCACUACUCCGCUGGAUCUGCACCGUCUGAGCCAUCAAAACAUGCACAAACGCUACGAGUCCGACGAAGAGGCUGCAUCAGAGUCAGAUGCCGGAUGGCAUGAUCUGCCCUCGCUCAUCGGCUCGCAGCCAGCCGCAGAGUCGUUUGAUUCUGACCUCAGCGACGAUGACCAUCUGUCGGCACCUACACCGGGGAAGCCGCAACGGUCUCUUUCCGUUGACACCGUCAAGGAAAACCGCGAUGCCGGCUUCGUCGAUGUCUUCGAUCCAGAGGACGACAUGGUACUGGAGCUCAGCUCUCCUCCUGCUCGGAUUGCAUCCAAGAUCUUCGUGCCACCAAUCAUCUAUAUCUCGCCCAAUUCCCCGCCGAAGCAGCACUCGCGGUCCCGGUCGCCUUCUCUGGAGUCGGUGUGUUCUGUGGAAGACGCCGAUAUUCAGGUCGCAAAGCAGGUCACCAUCAUGCAGCCGUCCACGCGGCCCACGGUGGUGUUCAUCAACUCGCUCGGCCAACGAUCCAAGGGAUCCAGACCUCGUCCCACCCAGUCUCAUUCGCGAGAACCCAGCCGCAGGCGAGAGUCCCGUCUCUUCCCACCAUUGACGAAUAUCAAGUCCAAUUCGCCGCGCCUCAAUGAAGGGUAUGAGCUCAGAUUGCCACGCACGAUUCCAUCCACCCCAGCAGCCAUCGACGAAGAGACGCCGUCCACUCCCGUCGCCCACUCUGCCGCCAUCCGACGGGUCUCUGAGGUUCCUCUCAUCCCAUACUUCCCACUUGCCUCGCCCCGCCCGCUAUCUAAAUAUCUGCAUCAGGCCCGGCCGCGAACUUCUGGGUCCGACAAGCCGCUGCCAAACCCAGCAGGACGACACCGCCGUCCCACAGAGCCAGGCAGACGCCCGCCAUCCAUCCGCAGCUCAAGCAGCAACAGCGUGCAAUCAUCAUCCCACUCGUCCUCUCGCGAGUCCUCCACCUUCACAGUAGCCUCGGACACAGACGGCACCUCCCUGCACUCCCUCCCCGCAUCAAAACGCACCUUGAACCUGCUGGCGAACCGCCCCCCACUGAUGAUGCGCCGCAUGACUCGAAAGAAUUCCAUCGCAUCAAGCACUGCCUCCAUGAACAGCCUCCGCUCCGAAGCCAACAACAGCCAAUCCCAGCACGCAUCUGCUUCCUAUACAAACCUCCACCCCCAAACUCAGAAGUUGCGCCACCAAUCCGUUAUGAACAUGCAUCUCCACUCGAACCCCAUCUACAACUCCAAUGAAAUGAUCCUGAACAUGAUGCCCGUGCCGCCGCUUGAUUCCCGCCCCGUGCGCAAAUCGAGCCUCGUGCGCAAAUCCAGCCAUCGCCGCCAUGUGAGGCAUAGCACCUCCAUGCCUAGCGGCAGAGGAUUCAUGGGAUUGAAGUUUGGACCCAGAUCGCCUCAUCGGGUUUAG